CACGAACCAUGUGCUUAGUUGGUCAAUCGUAACUGACCAAACUAAAAAGGUAAGGUUUAACGUCGAAAUGUAUUCAACUUGACCCUUGAAUCCUCUAUUUUCAAACCUUGAGACCUUCAACCUUCAAUUCGACAACCCACGCUUUGCAGAUGCAGAUAGCUCAAUCUAUCGUCCGUUAGCUUUUGCUUCCGCCCGUUGAACUCAACGCGGUCACGGUCACGUCCUGAACAUUGCUAAACAUUGCUAAGCAUUGCUUGAUAGCACAUGGUUACUGGCAAUAUUUGACGUUUUCCUUCCCCCAUUUGUUGCAUUUUUUCACAUCCGUCUUUGCACGCCCUUCGUCGACGACCUGAAUUGCUAGAUCACAUCUCCCAUAGGCAUUAUGGCAUCAGUGAACGACUACCACAUCACGGCGAAUAUCGCCCCUGGUGCUGGCCGACAAAUCCAGCACCAGCGGUCAAAGUCAAACAUCCUGAAAUCUUUCAUCCAUAAACGUACCAACUCCGAUGGAUCGCCUCUACCGCCCGCAGACCUCUUACCUUCAUCAACGCCCGCUUCAGACUUCCAAUACACACCCCACGAUCACGAGAUGGGUAACCUAUUCUCUCGCCCUGUCGCCUUAGGUGAAAUUCCGCAGAAUUCCUCCCGAUCACCGACCAAGGACCAGCCAAGUGCUCCUUCAUCCCCAGCCAAAAAGGGAUUCAGUAGCAUCAAGCAACCUAAGCAGAGCUCAGUCAAGCCUAAGAAGAUCAAGUCGGCUACGAACCUUAUCGGUCUUCUGAGCCGUCCCAAGAGUUCAAAGAACUUGAAAGUACAGUCGGCCGAGGACGAAGACCGAUCCAAGCAGAGGAACAAGGAAAAUCAGCCUCCCCAGACUUCCCAGGCGCCCCAAGCACCUCAACCUAUUACUCGCCCUCCUAUUUAUGCUCAAUUUUCGAGUGGUGCGGUAGAGAAACAAAACGAACUAGAUCACAUAAAGGAUCAGAAUAUUCGUAGAUACAUUACCAACAACCAAUCUUCAUCCAGCAUGGUAUCAAGUAAUCGAUCAGCCAAGGAGCGACCCAAGUCGUACCACGCGCCUAACCUGCAGUCUGCUGAUAUGAAGGCCGCGUCAGGUAGCGCGAAGGCCUCUAAGUCUAAGAUCCAGAGAGGUUUCAAAGCACUGACCGGCAGUACCGAAUCGCAGAACAGGCCUCUUUCAGCUCAAUCCGCCGAACCCGUACUCGACCCGAAGGAUGUCGACGAGCAAUUCGAGGCAAUGCUUGAUCGACGCAACAUUCCCGAGCAUCAGCGAUACAAGAUGCGAAACCUGGCAGGCACUAUGAAGAUGGAGUUAAUUCGACAGGAUUGGGCCGAGAGCCGCGGUACUACCGGCAUGAGACCGGAAAGUGUUGGCAGCGAUUUCAGUUACAACGCUUCCCAGGUGCAAGAGCAGGAGAAGGAGAAAGUGAAGAAGUCGCGCGGUCGAACCUUUACCAUGUCACGAGGCAAGAAGUCAGAUUCUACUUCUCCCGUGAAGAAGCAGAAAGGCGAAGGUUCCAUAGGACGGCACUUUCGAAGCAGAUCGACGGAUAGUGUGGCUAGUGAACGACCCGUAUCCGGUGGGUCGAGCACGGGAAGCGGUAUUCUGUCAAGAGUGAUGCAGCAAGGACCUGUAGAUUUCGUGAACUACCUGCGUAAGGUGCAGAAGCCAGAGCUGGUAGAGGUCGGCAAGCUACACAAGCUCCGCUUACUGCUGCGAAACGAGACGGUGACUUGGACGGAGGAGUUCAUUCGACAAGGUGGUAUGCAAGAGAUUGUAAGCCUCCUACAUCGUAUCAUGGAGGUUGAGUGGAGAGAAGAGCACGAGGAUGCUCUACUACAUGAGAACCUCCUUUGCCUCAAGGCACUCUGCACCACCGCUCUUGCGUUACAGGAACUUCAUUCACACCAAGGAUCGUUAUUCCCGGCCCUCAUACAUAUGAUCUUCGAUCCGGACAAGAAGGGUCCUAGCGAGUUCACCACACGCAACAUCAUUACCUCUGUGCUGUUCACCUACAUACAGUCAGCUGCGCCCGCCGACCGCCCAGUUCGCGCCAAGACCGUGCUUGGCCAUCUGCGUGACCCCGAACCGAAGGAGGAAGAUCGACCCCUCGGCUUCGUUCUCGAUAUGCGCCGAGAACGCCCGUACCGUAUGUGGUGCAAGGAGAUUUCGAACGUGGUCAAGGAGGUCUUCUGGAUCUACUUGCAUCGCAUGAACGUCGUUUACCUUCCGCGAGAGAAGGAGCCCAAGGAUGGGGCUGGCCCGUCGGGGAUGGACGGCGUGACUUACAUGGAGACCUACUUUCCUAGUGAGAGAGCUCCUCAGCCAGCCGCUCCCUACGUCGGCGGAGUAGAAUGGGAUGCUACAAACUACAUCACGUCACACCUUGACCUCAUCAACGCCAUCCUCGCCUGCACCCCGACAGCAGAAGAGCGCAACAACCUCCGCGGUCUCUUGCGGCUAUGCGGGUUGGAGCGCAGCAUGGGAGGCAGCAUGCGCCUCGCCAAGGAGAAGCUCUACCCUUACCUGCACGAGUGUCUGCGAACCUGGGUCGCAGCCGCGGCCGAAGACGGUUGGGACGUGCGAGAUGUACGAUACGGUCCGCCCGCCACGCCCGCCACUCCCAAGAGCCCGACCAAGAGGCAGGCGGGAGGCGGAGGAGGAGCCAAUAACAAGGGCAAGAGCAAGGUCGAGGAGCCGCCGCCCAAGAUCGACAUGCCUCAGUUCAACUUCGGACUAGAUUCUGAUGCGUCCCCAUCCCACCGCGCGGCUGCUCCCGCUGGCAAGACCGGCGUGGACGACUGGCUCUCGUAACGAGGGUAAAUAACGAGGGAAAAUGACCCAUCCAGCACCCGGUGGAGGGCCGGUGGGAGAGCCACACAAAGUCUCGCUCCUAACAGGGAAAAUGACGGACGCCCCGUUAGAUCAACAGUUGUGGUUAUGGCUUGGAAUCAUAGUGCUGACUUGUGUCCAUUCGUCUUCGCUGGCUGGUUCUCGCGUCGAGCUAGGGGACGCCCGCCAAAACGGGACACUGGACAUCGGCAUUUUCUUGGCCUGUGUACUGUAUUUUCGGGAGUUAUUUUUUUUCUUUCUUCAUUGGGUUUGCUUUUUUUCAGGGGGGGGUGUUCAGGGAAGGAAUAGGUGUUCUCGUCAUCAUAACAUCAUGCCCCUUCAUGAUUUCGGAAGGGGGGUUAUUUCCAUCUUUGACCAUCCCUUGGUAAUGACGUCCGGUUGGGCAAAGGAACUUAUGGCUCUCUAUUCACAUACACAUCACACAACACACACAUACACACAAAACGCACGCGGUAAUGCGGUAGAUUGAAACGAAACGAUCAUGACGACUUAUGAACUAUGGCAAUACAGCUCGAUGAAUCAAAUGACCUUCCCACAAGAGA